AAAACUGAAAACGAUAGCUCGGUUUCCGCGCGAUUUACUGAAGCCCUUCCUCUGUUAGGGUUUUACUUAGUAGAGGAGAAACAUUUUGAAAAAAUAAACGGUAGAUUAUAGUUUUCAUAAAUUACUACAACAAUUUCCAGCUUCAAUGGCGGAAGAAAGGCAUUACAAUCCUGAUUUCAACCUCUGCCAUGGUGAAAAUGGCCAAAAUUUCCUCCAGACCUGCAAUCAACAGGAACAAUUUGAUAUGAGGAAUGAAUUGGAACAAGCCAAUGUAGAUAGUACAAGAAGUGAAAUUAAGAAUUCAACGACUCAGUAUGAUUCUUCUUCCAGUGGCAAACUUUUCGUUGGAGGUGUUGCUUGGGAGACCACCGAAGAUACCUUUAGCGAUUACUUUAGCAAGUAUGGGGAGAUAGCAGAUUCAGUCAUAAUGAUAGACAAACACACUGGAAGGCCACGUGGGUUCGGUUUUGUAACAUUCUGCGAUCCUGCCAUUGCUGACAUGGUUCUGAAGAUAGAUCAUAUUAUAGAUGGCAGAGCGGUGGAAGUGAAGAGGACAGUUCCUAGGGCUGAUAUGAAUGACAAAAUGGUAUCAAGAACAAAAAAGAUUUUUGUUGGAGGAAUACCACCUGGUUUAACUGAAGUGGAGUUUAAGGAUUACUUCUCUUCUUUUGGUAGAAUUAUAGAACACCAAAUCAUGAUAGAUUAUAAAACGAAGCGAUCAAGAGGAUUUGGAUUUAUCACUUUUGAGAAUGAAGAUUCAGUUGACAAUAUCUUUUCUGGUGAUAGAAUACAUGAGCUUGGAGGCAAGCAGGUGGAAAUUAAGAAGGCUGUACCAAAAAAAGUUGCUUAUGAUUUCAAUAGUAACAGUGGACAUACUUCUUCAGGAUAUGAUAUGUAUAGAUGUGGAGGUUUAUAUGAUGAUAUAAUUGGCACAGAUUUUGGUCCUUAUGAUUUAUAUGCACCGUAUGGUGGAUUUGGUGGAAAUUACGCCAGUUUUUACGGUGCAUACAACUAUGGUUUUGGUUUUGGUGCUUCCAUGUAUAUGAAUGGUAGAUAUGGGAUGAACGGCUACGGCGCCCCCUCUGUUGGAUAUGGAAUUAAUGGAUAUGGAAAAGGAUAUGAAGGAAAUGGUGGUUCAAUGCCUGAGAGAUUUCAUCCAUAUUGGUAUUGAGCAGACUUUUCCUAGAUGGUUUCUUUUGUGAAGAAACUGAUGGUUGAUUUUGAACAGGCACAAGUGUUAUUAUCCAUCUUUCUUGCUGUGCAGUUUGAGAUUUUUUUUAAGUGUAAUAUAAAUCUUGUAGACAAUUUUUCAUUCUCUAUUUUAUGUUGUUUUUCUUUCUUGAGACAUGAAAUGAUUUGAUUGAUAAAAUAGAAUGGUGAAUAUAUCUCUGAUUCGAAUC